CUGUGAGAGUCACGUUAGGUUAGGUUGCGGCGUAGAACUGGGCCUGGAUAGGCGUAAAGUAAAGUCUCGAACCGACCUGAAUUGGAGGAAUAGGGAUAACGUUACUGGAGGAUUUAUUUUAUUUUCUUAAGACUAUUUUAAUAGUUAUAGCAACACAUUCACACGCACAUUAGACCCAGCGGAACCGGCAGCAUGUCUGCAACAGGAGAUUUCGGCAACCCACUCCGCAAAUUCAAGCUGGUGUUUCUGGGAGAACAGAGCGUGGGAAAGACAUCUUUAAUUACCAGAUUUAUGUAUGACAGUUUCGAUAAUACCUACCAGGCCACGAUAGGAAUCGAUUUCUUGUCAAAAACAAUGUAUCUUGAGGACAGAACAGUGCGGCUGCAGCUUUGGGACACAGCAGGACAGGAGCGUUUCCGCAGUCUGAUUCCCAGCUAUAUCCGGGACUCUACGGUUGCUGUGGUAGUCUAUGACAUCACAAAUGUCAACUCGUUCCAGCAGACCACCAAAUGGAUUGAUGAUGUCAGAACGGAAAGAGGAAGUGAUGUCAUAAUCAUGCUGGUGGGAAACAAAACAGACCUUGCAGAUAAAAGGCAAGUUUCUAUUGAGGAAGGGGAGAGGAAAGCCAAAGAACUGAAUGUAAUGUUUAUUGAGACUAGCGCUAAAGCCGGAUACAACGUAAAACAGCUUUUCCGGCGUGUAGCAGCAGCUCUUCCUGGUAUGGAGAGCACACAAGACAAGAGCAGAGAGGACAUGAUCGAUAUAAAAUUGGAAAAGCCACCAGAGCAGCCAGUCAGCGAAGGCGGCUGUUCUUGCUGAGGAUUCAGUCGACAUUUCUGUGCCGUGUCUCUUAUUGUCGCUCUUAGUUGCACUCACAGCAUCUCUCUGGAUAUUCCGCAGAAGCACCGCCCACCUGGAGGCAGUAGAACACUACUCGCCCGUCACCCUCGUUACCGCUGACCCACUCAGAUGACUUUAAAUUCGAAAGCACAAUGUGGAUGUGUGUUCUGUUGCUUCUCUGUUAAUUGUUUCCGUUAAUCCCACACCUUUUGUGGUGUUUUUGUUUUUCACUCUCAAAACACUUUAUAAAGUGUUGUUUUUGUCCAUGUUCCGUUUUAUGUGAAAUAAUACUUAUAUUACUGUAAUAAUGGCGUGAAUAGGAACAAAACAAUAGAAAUAAAUGAAAUUACCGAACUGAUCUUUCCAGAUUCACGAUGGAUGAAAUGUUUGCGGGUGUUUUUGGAAAUGUUCUAGUCUAGGUUUCAUCGUAUGUGGCUAUGAGGCGUUACUUCUGUGACGUUGCUAAUGUCUCUUCUUCAUAAGGAAGAACAGAAAGUGUAAAAACAAAUGUUUUUGGAAUUUGGGAGGAACAAGUGCUGCUUUUAGCUCAGUUGACUCUCAAGCAUUGCGUCUUUUUUUUCUUAGAUGUCAUUUCUUAUUUUGAGCGUUAGAAAGCCUAUAGCUUAGUCAAAGAAAGAGAACUACAGUAAUUGUAAAGAAAUAUUAUGUAUAUUAAGGGAAGUAUCAGUUUAAGAGAUAAUAUGCAGACAUUGCCUUUGAUGGUUUGUUUUUGGGGCUUCCACUGUUUUUCUUUUUUUUUUUUUAUUAGCAUUGUAAAGUUUGAUUUAUUGUAAUAAUGACACACUAGAUAUGAUUUGUUGACUCGACCAUGAACCCUAAUAUUUAUUUGUAAUGUCUUUGUUUUGUUUUUAAACUGCUUGGUUUUUCAUAAUUUGUAGACGUGCUUUUAGACAUUCUGGCCCAAAGCACCUGCCACGUUUGUUUUUUGUUGAAUAUACAGUGAUGAGUUUGUCCUCCGACUGAUCUAAACUAUUUUAAUAUAUAGUGCAUUUUGUUUGGUCGUUGUCUUGAUACGGUCUCAUACAUUUCGAAUGGAUUUUAACCAGUUUCAUCUGGCGACACUGCUUGACCCCAAUGCUCAUUAUUUGCACAGCUAAAAUUGAUCAACAUCUUGAGAUGUCCCUAAUAAAAUCUUGUAUUUAGCA